UUGCCCGUUUUGCCAAGCGUUGCCUUGGGAACAGUAAAAGUUUAGAUCGAAGGAAAGAAAAAAAAGCGCAUCAGUCAGAUUGCAACCACUGCCAAUGUUUCGUCGUAUUUAUCCGUGAUAUUUUCUCGAUUUCGGCGGCUGAAAGCAUCUCGUAUUUUUCGAUGCUUUCAGAUCGAAAUUCUAAAGUGCGGUUGGCGGUGGAUUUUAUGAAAUGAAAAAAUAGUAAAGCUCCGUUUUGUAAAUAAAAAAAAAAAAAAAUAAAUAAAUAAAUAAAAAAUUAUAAUUUGACAAAAAUUUGUAAACGUCUAAAUUCGUUGUGCCGUUUGUAAUCAACGCGAAAUACAAAAAUCAUGCCGUGCGACGGAAAAAAUCCCAAUUGCGAUCGUAGACGCGAAUUAUUGGCUCAAUUGAAAUGCCUCGUCAGUUCUAUGGACAAAAAGAAACCGUGCGAAUGGGACGAGCCAGAUUGUCCACCACCGACCUGUUGUCCGGUUUGUCCCAACGAUUCGCCACCUUGCUGCAGUCCAGUGAAAGCUUGCAAGAGUUUCGAACUUCGUAAUUCGUUGAUGUACCGUUGCGACUGUAUUAAAAGAAACGGUCUCCAAGACAGCUGUAUGAUGUGGGAUUGUAUGGGAAGACCGGAGUGUAUGACCAAGUUGUAUCCAGUUUGCGGUCCUGGGCGUGGAGCGCUUUUAAAGUUGACGGAUUUGGGAGAUGUCGAAGUUGCCCUGAGGAAAUUUUACUGCGCGGAUCAAGCUCGGGAAUCGGCCCUCGCCGCAUAUUGCAGGUUAUCGUGCGGAGCGAAUGGAUGUGGAGGCCCACCCUGUCAAUCGGGCGGUUUUGGAAUGGAAGAAGAUCAGUGCUGUUCUGGCUCACAAAAUGGUGGUGGUCGUCAGCAAUCUUGUUGCUCAUCGGCUUCACCUUCUUUCGGCUCUUCGGGUCCACCCUCGUGCUGCUCAGCUCCAGCAUCUUGUUGUCCACCCGCGCCAACCUGCUGCCCACAGAUCAGAAUAGAACCAACCUGUUGUCCACCUCCUGCAACGAGCUGUUGUCCACAACAGCGCAAUAAUAUCCAAUCGUCUUGUCAAUGUCCUGUACGAACGAUGCUCUGUCCGGCCUGUUGA